UAGUGUGUGAUGACACUGACAGCCUUGUCUGCUGUCGUUGCCAAGCAGCCAAUUGCAAAAUCGAGAUUAUUUCUCCAUGAUCUACACAGGCUACUCGAACCAAGCCAGGGCUGAGAUACAAAUUCGGAUGAAACAGUGACUGCGGGGAAGUGGCCCAUUUGAAAACUUUUCAAGCUCCACCUGUCAGAAAGAUGGCAAUAAUGUGCUGAGCAUUUGUGACAGACGUGGACUUUGAUGAACCUUGACAUUUUGCCUUUGUCACUUCAUUAAUCGUCUGGAUGUCCUCCUGAAAAGCUAUAAAUUGUACAAGACAAAACGAAUACCACAAUGGCACACUGUAAUCUGCUGCAUCCAUCUUCUUCUAAUGAAGUCAACUUAGGCCCCACUCACAAUCCCCAUGCCAAACCCACAGAUUUUGAUUUUUUGGCUGUGAUUGGCAAGGGCACAUUUGGGAAGGUGCUGCUUGCCAAAGCAAAGGCUGAUAACAAGUUCUAUGCAGUAAAAGUCCUGCAGAAAAAAGUUAUACUCAAGAAAAAAGAGCAAAAGAAUAUCAUGGCUGAGAGGAAUGUUCUAAUGAAAAGUCUGAAACAUCCAUUCCUUGUCGGGCUCCAUUAUUCCUUCCAGACCUCAGAGAAACUGUACUUUGUCUUGGACUAUGUCAAUGGAGGAGAGCUUUUUUAUCACCUUCAGAGGGAGCAGAGUUUUGGUGAGCCACGAGCACGUUUUUAUACAGCUGAGGUGGCCAGCGCCAUUGGCUAUUUACAUUCUCUCGACAUUGUUUACAGAGACCUCAAGCCAGAAAACAUCUUAUUGGACUGGGAGGGCCAUGUGGUGCUGACAGAUUUUGGGUUGUGCAAAGAAGGAAUAGACCCAGACACCACUACAUCUACCUUCUGUGGAACCCCAGAGUACUUGGCACCAGAAGUGCUAAAGAAACAUCCUUAUGACAGAACGGUAGAUUGGUGGGGCCUUGGAUCUGUCCUGUAUGAAAUGAUUUAUGGCCUGCCCCCGUUCUACAGCAAUGACAUGACAGAGAUGUACAACUCUAUCCUCCACCAUCCUCUGAGCCUGCCGGGCGGGAAGAGUCCAGUGGUGUGUGACCUUCUGCAGGGGCUGCUGCAGAAAGAACCUCACCGUCGCAUGGGGGCCAUUGCUGAUUUUCUGGAGGUGAAGAAUCAUGCCUUUUUCUCCUGCAUAAACUGGGAUGACCUGUACCACAGAAAAAUUAAGCCUCCAUACAACCCUAAUGUGGGAGGUCCUGCAGAUAUGCAGCACAUCGAUCCUGAAUUUACCAGUGAGAUGGUACCAGGGUCUGUAGGUUGUGCGGCGGAUUUUCCUUCCAGCCUGGCUGCAAGUUGCUCCAAUGCUUUCAAAGGAUUCUCUUAUGUUUCCACAGAGGACUAUCUCUAGGGCCAAAUCAUUCAUUCAGAAAAAAAAACUCAACAAAAAAAAUAUAUAUCAUGAUAAUUUGUCUUGAUGAUCAAAGUAGGCUAGGCAGAGAAAAACUUCUGAAAAACUGAUGCCCAAUAUCCAUGGGAAUGUACCCAAACAACAGUAGGCCUACUCAGAAGCAUUGCUUUUAAAGUAGCCUGUGUAUCGUCUGAUAUAGCCUACUCUGUGCUGUCUCAUAUUCCUGGCCUUUUUUUCAUCAGCUAGGCUUGUAUAGCAUCUUUCUUGUACUUAAAAUAAUGUUUGACAUAGUCUACUAACAGCCACAUCACAUUAAAUAAAUGAAAUAAGGGGUGCUACUGAUAUGCAUAGCCUACAUCUUGUCAAAUGUGUCUUUACCUUGAAUGAAAAGUUUUGGGAUUUCUUAAGAAUAGGCUACCUCAUUCAUGCCUUUUGCCAUGGAUUUUCAUAGGCCUAAACAUCAUUUGUUCAUGGUCACUCCUGCAGGUCUAGGCUAACCUAACUUAAGAAAUCAAUAUUAUUGUGGAAAGGAUGGAUUCCCAUAAUUUAUUAUGCACAUUUCCAUGUAGGCCUACUUCAUUGUGAUGAAGAUUAAAUGUAGGGCAGAUUGAUUGAUUGAUUGAUUGAUUGAUUGAUUGAUUGAUUGAUUGAUUGAUCGAUUGAUUGAUUGUGUCUGUCCUGUCUGUAAAUAUGAAGAUAUUAAGAAUAUUUCAUAUGUGAAAUAAAAUGCUGUUUAAACUUUAAA